AUGCACGAGUACCGGCUGGCAGAGGAUUCGUCUGUAGCUGGACCGGCUGCUACAGACGAGGCACGUGCUGCACAUGCAGCUGCUAUGCAUGAAAGCAUCACAGAAGGUGGAGAUGCAGCAGGUGGAGGUGGUGCUGCCUCUGGCUGGAACAGCAGCAGAGAAGAUGAAGCGACCAACCCAGACUCCCAAGGUCCGGGAUCUGUGGUUGGUGCAGGUGGUGCUGCUGCGGGUGAUGCAGGUGGUUUGGGUGCUGCGGAUGGUGCAGCAGGUGGCGAUGCUGAUGGUGUUUUAGCCAGGAGCAGCAGCAGCAACAGCAGCCGCAAGGCCAGCAGUCUAGAGGGUCAAACUGGUUAUGCCAGAGGCCUGGGAGCUGGUGGUGGUGCUGUCGAUGGUGUUUUAGCCAGCAGAAACAACAGCAACAGGAGGAGCCCUAAGGCCAGCAGUCCGGAGCGUCAGACUGGCACUGUUAGAAGGAUCAACGUGGCAUCGUGGGUGGUUGUGCGGGUGCUCAAGCGAAGCUCCCUGACAGCUGAGGAACAAGCAAUGAUGCCACAGCAGGGGAUGGUGGCACAGCAAGCGAUGGUAGCGCAACAAGCAAUGGAUGUGCAGCACGCAAUGAUAAUGCAGCAGCAGGGUGGGGCAGCACUUUCUCAGGGUGUGAAUCCGUUGCUCUUGAUGCAGCAGAAAGGGAGCAGAGAAGAGCUGAAACCAGGUUAUGCUGGUGGGGCGAGGAUCACAGGUGGUGCUACUAGUAGUGAAGGCGGCGCGAGGAGCAAAGGUGAUGCUGGUGAUGAAGGUGAGGCUAGUAGGAGCGCAGGUAGAGCAAGCAGUUCAGGGAAUGAGUCAAUGCAGGAGCUGGUGGAGGAGGAGGGAUUUUCCACAAAAGUUUCGGAAGUAGCAAGCCGAGUGGCUGGGUUGACUACAGAGAUGCCGGUGGGGGAAAGAGAAGCUGCAAUGGUUUCGGAAGUAGCAGGAAAAAGAGCAGAAGUGGGAGCAGCAGUAGGAGCAAUGGCGCAUGAAUUGUUGCAAGGGGCACUGGAUGGACACGGCAAUCAAGGGAGUUCAGGCGUGAAUACUCCCAGUGAUUCUCUGCUGCAUACCAGUGUGUGGGAGAGUGGUGGGCCGGAGGUUUCUGGUGGGGAUGACGGGGUUGGUGGCUUGGAGGCAAUGAUCCAUCUCAUCAGUGGGUAUGGAGAAGCAAGGGGCUCUGGGAUGGAAGGAGAGGGAAAGGAAGGGGAGACGGCAGGGGUGGUGGCUUGGAGGAGAUUAUUUGUCUCACCAGCGGGCGCUUCGGUAAGCAGUGUUGUACCGGCUGUGCCGUUAUCGGCUAAAACCCCCAUCGAUCCCCCCAACAUGCGCGUGCCCCGUUUCGGGGACAGCCGUACCCUGAUGGGCGUUGGCUUCAGAGGGGAUGGAGCACAGUGCUCUGGGAUGGAGCACAGAGAAGCGAACUUGCCAGGAGGGGUAGCGGCAGCAGGGGUAGCAGCAGCAAGGGUAGCAGCAGCUGAUUCAGGGAUGGCAGUAGCUGCUAUGAGAGUUGAAACAACUGGGGCAGAACCGACUGGUGCAGGUGUGAUGGAAGUAAGGGGUGGAGUUGCAGCGGCAGGGGUGGCUGCAGCAGCAGGAGAAGGAGAAGGGGACCUGCUGACAUCGGUAGAUGGGUUGGAGGAGCUAACAGAUGUGGAGGCGCUUUUACUGAAUGGGGAUGGAGAAGUAAGCUUUCUCAGCAGCAUGCUCAGCUGGAUCAGCCAGCAUCCCAGUAGCAACAUGAUCGGCACCAUCCAGCCUGUUAGCACCUUCCAUACCACUGGGACUGGCAUGGUCAUCAGUCAACUGUCUGAGGGGCUGCCACCUUCCAUACCACUGGCAUCUACCCCGUUGCAUACUGGCCCACCGCCAAUGCAUAUUGGGAAUGCAGGCUCAUUUGCAUCAGAGGAGGGGGCUGCUGCGGCUGUGGCUGCUUAUCCCACUGGCAAUACCCCUGAUGACAGUGACGGCAUGUGGUCCAAGGGCCAGGGCGAUCUGUUGCUCCCAGGACCAUUUUUCCCAGCUCAGGGAAGCGCUUUUGAGUUGGCUCCAAAGCCCACUGGUGGCAGUGACGGCAUGUGGUCCAAGGGCCAGGGCGCUCUGAUGCUGUCAGAGUCAGUUUUCCCAGCUUCGGGAAGUAGGGCAGUGGGUCAGGCAUGA